AUGAAUAUAUUUGGACAAUAUAUAAUAGAGAACAAAAAGUUUGCUGGAACCAUUACUGGGGUAAAUGAUGUGACAAAAGCUCAGAAAACUUGGGGGAGUUUGCAAGCACUUGGUGACAUAGCUUUUGCUUACUCGUUCUCUAUGAUUCUUAUAGAAAUUCAGGACACUGUAAAAGCACCACCUCCGCCAGAGUCGAAAACAAUGAAGAAGGCUACAUUAAUCAGUGUUAUAGUGACCACAUUUUUCUACAUGCUUUGCGGUUGUUUUGGAUACGCCGCGUUUGGAAAUUCAAUACCUUUGUUUCCUUCAUUCUAA